AUGAUGGAGCGAAAAAAAAUGCACGAAAAGGCAAAUGACGGAUACAAGGCAAAGUACUCUGGGAAGUUAUUCGCAAAUCAUGCAAACAUGAAGAAUCAAAAUGUGAGCGAAAAUAAGCAGCCAAAUGAUUUUACCACAGCGGAAGCAGCAUGGAUGGAGAAGAAGCAGAAGCUGUAUAAAGACACGAAUAAUCAGCCCUUAUGGGACUUUAGAAAAAUACAAAUCAACCCAACGGACACAGAUGAGUUGAUAAGUUUCCCAACAAAUCAAAUAUGCUCCAAUAAGUAUGGAACGUACUCCUUCCUCUUUAAGAGCCUAUAUGAGCAAUUCUUACGAUUGCCAAACAUUUGGUUUUUGAUCAUCUGCCUGCUAGAAUUCAUGCCCGCCUUUCAGAACCUGUCAAAUUAUAUGUAUUAUACAAAACACUCUUCCAUUUAUUUGCUCGCCUUCUUCGUAUGCAUAUCUAUUGUGAAAAAUGUAUAUGAAGAUUCUAGGAGAUCAAAUAUAGACUCUCAAAUCAAUAACAGGCUGUGCCACGUUGUUGACGGUUCCAAUAGUCAGCUCAAAGCAGUGAGGUGGAUGGACCUAACGGUGGGUAGUAUCAUUCGCUUGAUAGAAAAUGAGCAAGUGCCAGCAGAUAUCCUCCUGCUAAGUUGCAACAAUAACGAAGGGUUGGUCUACAUAGAGACGUCACUAAUAAAUGGAGAAACAAACUUGAACAAAAAAUGUUGUGUUAAUGAAACGAGGAAUGAAACGUCCAUCUACGGAAUCUGCAACAUAAGAGGAAGAAUCAUUUGUGAAAAGCCAAACAGCAAUAUGGAAUCAUUUAAUGGUUCCCUAAAGUUAGAUGCACAUCCUCGUGCUACCUCCCUAUCAAUUAACAACGUUGUCUUUAAGGGGUCCUACAUAAAAAACACAGAUUACAUUUUCGGAGUUAUAAUUUACACAGGCACGGAUACAAAAAUUAUGAAAAAUAUAUUAAAGAAUGUUUAUAAAUCUGGAAAUGUAAAUAGAGAGUUAAAUAUAUACACCAUUUUGACGAUUAUAUUUACCCUCAUUUGUGUGUUCAUAUCUGUGCUGUGCAAAUGGACUGAAGAUGAUAAAUUCAAAAAUGGAACUCACUUUUUGCUAAUUACUGUAAAGGAUAAUUUGUUCGAGUCUAUUGUAAAGUACACGCUGCUCUACGCAAACAUCAUUCCCAUUAGCAUCCUCAUAACGGUCGAUUUGAUUUCCAUUCUGCAAAGUGUGCUCAUCGAAAAUGACAAUCGAAUUAGUACCUUCGAAAAUGAGUUAUCCGAACCAUCCAUCAUCGAUGAAGGUGAUGAACAUGCUGAUUUGAGAAUUACAAAAUCGUGUAACUUCUUUAGAAAAUACACCUUUUUUUUGAAUAACUUUAGCAGAAGGAACUUUACCAAAAAUAGAUUUUCCUCAACCAACACAGAACAAAAUUCGGACAAUAGGAAAAGCUUCAUCAGUACCUUUGAUAAACUUAGGGCUUUUAAAAGUUACUUUAAUAACAAAAGCAGCUUGAUCAACUCAAAGUCUCACUCGAAUACUGCUCAUAAUAGGAGCUCCCUUACCGAGAAUGACAGUCUGCAGGGGAAAAGGGCAAACAGGAAGAAUCACUUACUCGCAAGGGUGCAAAAUGCCUUUUUUAGGAAAGACAGACUCGUCAAUUUUGAGGCGAACAUGAGGGAUAAGCACCGCGAGCCCUUCCAUGGGCACGCCAAGAGCGGCGUAGAGAAUGGCGGCAAAAUUGGCGUAGUGAAUGGCGGCAAGAUCGACGUGGAGAAUAGGGGCGAUGUCGACGGGGAGGCUAACUGCCAGGCCAGCAGCCACGCAGACAAACCAACCCCACUGAACACCCAAGUCGCGAAGCGGCGAGGGAGAAACCCGCUGCGCGCCCUCCUCCCAUUUUUUCGAAGACGAAGGAAGGCAAACAGAACAAUUGGCGCGGUCAAAAAAGUGGAUAAAAUGAAAACCGCCAGUAAGUGCUACUUCCCGAAGGACCGUUCUACCCCCAAAGAAGAUGAAUACGGCUGGGGGAUCUGCCUCAAUUCUAACAUGCAUGGAGAUUUAGGAAACGUCGAUUUUAUUUUUACAGACAAAACGGGAACUUUGACGAACAACGACAUGUCUUUCAACAUGUGUUCCAUUGGUGGUAGAACGUAUGGAGGAAGGCGGCAGAAGGGGAAAAAGGCAAAAACGGGGAAAACAAAGCCUUCCAAUUGUAGUCGAACGGGAUCCUCCCACAAUGGCGAUAAUGUUUCGAAGAAGCAUGGCAGUAGCAACCGCUUCUUUAAAAAGAGAGACUCGGAAGACGCGAUGGUAAAAAAAAUCUCCUUCGUCACCAACAUCUGCAAUGAGUCAUCUGAUGAAUUUGAACAAGCUGCUGAGGGGGCGCGCAAAAAGAGGGACCAUUUCCCUCAUCCCCAUGAACAAAGGCGCGGAAAAAACGCAAGUGAAAACCAAUCGGAGAAUGCACACACACACGAUGCGGAUAAUCCGAAGAAAGGAGACAGCAUGUUCCCGAACUAUAAAUCUAGUUCCUUUUGGAAUUACCAAUCGAAGAGCAUAGAUCGAAAAAUGUCUGGCAACUCUUUAAAUGAAUGUCCAUAUUUGCAAAAUUCUGCAACGCUAUCCUCUUCCAUAUCGCCCAUGUCUUCUUCCCGUUUUUCCGCCCCUUCGUCUUCACCCUGUUCAUCGGCGUGCACAUCGGCGUACACAUCGGCGUACUCAUCAUCCUGCUCAUCAUCCGGUUUGUCCUCUUCCUCGUCUUCUGCCUCAUACCUCUCCUCCUGCGGCGUCCACCACAACGCCAAUUCGUCCUUCUUGUGUUCCUCGUCCAACAACGAGCAGCACGAAAUGGCCAACGAUUUUGAUAGCCUCAGGAGUUACUCCGAACUGGGACGGGAAAAACACAAUCGCACGCGUCUGCAGGAUGACACUAGGGAGGAGGAUACAGGCAGAGGGGGGGGGAGCGACGGAGAGAAGUACCCCCGCGAAUCACACCGCGAAUCACACAGCGAAUCCCACCGCGAACCCCACCGCGAAAGUGCCGACCUGUCCUACUUCUUCGACCGAAACUACCAAACCUACUUAACGCAGCACAAAUUUUCGAGGCCCCAAAAUUUUCGCAUAAAUAUGAACACAGGAUCCGUCAAAGCGAGGUGCGAUUUUGAUGACAAAAAGAUUUACGAAGACUUAAAUUCGAACACCUGGAGAGGCUACUACAUUGAUGAGUUCUUCAAAUGCAUAUCUCUAUGCCACGCAGUUGUCCCUUUCAUCCAAUUCGAUUACAUCCGAAACAAAAACUUAACUCAUUUCCCCUCGAGGAGCUCCAAGGGAGUUUCCCAAUAUAUGGAAAAAUACAACAACCACCCGAAGCAACAGUCAAACGAUGUGGUCAAGAUGAGGAACGAGCUGAAUUUGAAAACGUCCAUGGAGUAUGACUGCUUGGAGGAAGAAGAACAUCGGGGGGUAGGCAAAUUUGAAGACAGGCAAACGAAAUGGAUCACCGAAAUGUCAGACACUGCCAAAAAUGCGAAAAAGAAAAACGAAACGAAUCUGUACAAUUACAACACGCUGAAUAAUUUGAAGCAUAAAAAUGAGAAAAAAAACAACAUAAAAUUUAAAUUCCUUUUUAAUAAAAAAUUUAGGAAAAAAAAAAAAAGUUACACAUCUUUCGCCAGCUCAGAGAUUUACAAAGGGGCGGAAAAAAAACACACAGGUAGGUGGAACACUUAUUUGAAUAUGAAAAAGAGCAAGCAUUUGUUUUCCAAUGAGAAGGACAAUAAGAAGAGUGAGAGCGCUUACAUCUCCAAGAGGAUUAGCGCAGUUUCGUUUAAGCAAAUCUCGAAGGAGAAGCUGCUUUCCCUGAACAGCUACGCGAGCAAUCGCAACAGUGAGGGUGGAGCACCUGGAGUGGUGAAAAAAUACAAAGCCAAGUCGAACAACCCGGAUGAAAAGAGCUUCGAAUUCGCCUCCUUCGUCAAUGAGAGGGGAUACCGCAAUAGCGGCGGGAAUGGCGGCCUAAAUAACAGCGUGCAUGGCGGCCCAAAUAACAGCGCGAAUGGCCCGCCCCCAAUGUAUGAUGACGGAGGAACCCCCAAAAGGACGGAGGAGCGCAACGGUAUGCAGCACUCCGAUUUUGACCUCGACAAAUGUAGGGACCCCCGAAUAACGGAUAACUACGCUUCCGAGUCGAAUGCCUACCUGGAUGCCAUCAAGUAUCAGUCCAGCUCCCUCGAUGAGGAGUGCCUAAUUUACACCUCCAACUACCUUGGCUACAGACUCAUUUUGAGAAACAAAAACACCAUGUGCGUCGAAAUAGAUGGGAACCUGCACAAGUGGACCAUCAUAGGGAUUAACGAAUUCACGAACAAGAGGGGGAGAAUGUCUGUCGUCGUCAAGCCGGAGUUUAUGCAGUCCGGCUCCGUUCUCUAUGUGAAGGGAUCCGACACGUCCAUCCUGUCACUUCUAAACUUGAAGUAUAGCAGGUUUUUAGAAAGGGGGGGAAAGCGGAGGAGACGGAAGAGAAAGGCGCAUAAGGAGAGGCGGCGGGUUAGGGCCAAUCCGACGGGGUCGCCCAGCAGUAAAGGAAGGCACUCCAGGAAAAGAGACCAAAUGGACGCGAGCCAGGGGAAGAGCUCCGCCAGUGGGAUUAACACAGACUGUGAAUGCCACCAGUGUGGAGAUCAUUCCCACCAUGCAGAAUGCCACCAGUGCGGAGAUCAUUCCCACCAUGCAGAAUGCCACCAGUGUGGAGACCAUUCCCACCAUGCAGAAUGCCACCAGUGCGGAGAUCAUUCCCACCAUGCAGAAUGCCCCCAUCACGGAACAGAUGUGCACCUCGAGGCGGACUCCACUGGAAGGAGCGAAAGUUGCAGGUUUGCGAAGCGGUACCGACAGCUAGAAAAGCAGCUGCGCAAGUUCUCCGUCAAGGGGCUAAGAACCAUGGUGUUUGCCUUCAAGUACCUAAACGAAGAAGAAACGGUGAAGUAUAAAAAGAUGUACGACGAUGCGUGCGUGUCGAUAUACAACAAAGAGGAGAGACUAGAGAAGGUGGCCGAAACAGUGGAGACGGAGUUAACCUACCUAGGCAUCACCGGGGUUAAAGAUAGGUUACAAAAGAAGGUACCCAAAACGAUAGAAAUCUUGGGGCAGUCAGGGAUCCGUAUUUGGAUGCUAACAGGAGACAAUGUAGAGUACUCAUUACACAUUUCCUUUUUGUGUAAAAUUUUAAAUUCACACACGAAGAUAUUUCACGCCAUGCUGGAAAAUACAAAUUGUAAAAAGUUAAAAAGAGAAGGAAAAGCGCUGUAUGAACUGUUCCAAUUGGAGAAGGAAGAAAAAAAGAGUCACGAAAAAAUGUGUCUACUUAUCAAUGGAAAGAAUUUACAAACCUUCCUAAACCAUAGUGACUUGCAAACCCAUUUUCUAAACAUGGCAUGCAGCUCCGAUGUAGUGAUAGCCUGUAGAAUAACUGCAAAGCAGAAGGCAUUCAUUGUACAGUUGAUAAAGCAUAGACUGACGCCAACCCCCAACACAUUAGCCAUCGGAGAUGGAGCCAACGAUAUAGCCAUGCUGCAGGAAGCAAAUAUAGGAGUUAGUAUCAUGACCCCUGAGCGUAUAAUUUCUUCUGGCUAUUCAGAUUAUUGCAUAAAAAAUUUCUGUUGUCUUCGCAAGUUGCUAUUUAUAUAUGGCUCAAAACAUUUAUACACCAUCAGCAUUAUUCUGUACUGGAAUUUUUUUAAAAAUAUUGUCCUCAUAUUACCUGUGUUCUUUUACCAAGCCUACGCAUCAUGGAGUUGUGUAAGGAUCUACCCAGAAUUGCUAUACACCUUCUUCAACAUCUUCUGGAUUUUCAUCCCCCUGAUUUAUUACGCCUUUCUGCAGCACAACUUGAAUUAUGACGUGCUGUAUAAUAUCCCUUUAUUUUAUGCCCUUAGUAGGAGGAAAUACAACAUGAGUACGUUGAAAUUUUUCCCUUGGGUUGUGGAGGCCAUCUUUUACUCUGUGGUUGUUUUUUUUUUUGCGUACACGGCACUUGGGGAGAAUUCUCAUUUAAGCAAUGGGGAGGUAGUGACGAUUAGCACGUUUGGCAACAUUUGCUUCCUGGGGUGUUUUUUAAUUUCGAUUGUUCGUCUUUUUCUGGAAGGAUCUCUAUGGUCGCCAUCCAUACUGAUCACCUGUUUGGGUUUCUUUCUUUUUGUCUUUUUCCCCUCCAUUCUGUUUAUAUUGUUUGCCUACCUUUCUAAUGACUACAUAAGGGAGGUCUUCAGGCAGACCUUCAUGUGGACCCCUCUCUACAUUUUGCUGACUCUCUGGUUUACUACCUGCAUCAUUUGCUACAUCUUUAUCAAUUUUGUAAAAGCUGUCAUGUUCCCAAAUAUCUACAGCGUUGUCAACCACUGGCUGUUCGAGCAGUACCAGGAGAAGCACAGAAAGUACCAGUACGUCUACUUCCUAUCCGGCAAGAAAAAAUUCAUAAACUUGAAAAAAAUCGGAAGAAAAUUUAAACACAGAUUUAGCAGAACGGUUCACAAGACGUACAGGUUUAAGCCCACCAUGAAGCAGCUCCACCAGGAGGACUGCUCAACGAAUAAGAAGUGUCCAGCCAAACAGCCCAACCUUCAGAGCUCCCACGGUUCCUCCUCCAAAGGGUUCAACAAAGGGGGUAGCUCAAAAUUUGGCCAAGACAUCUUUGAUGGAGAGGAUAUCUCCCUCGGCUGCAAUGAUGAUACCCAGUUCGAUGAGGAGAAAACUUAUGGCAGCGCCAGAGUCACCUUGUGCCAGCAGGCCGUUCACGGGAUGGAGAAUUUGAGUCUCUCAGAGGGUGGAAGUGAGAAGUGGGACGCGCGAGGGGAAACCACAAAGGGGGAAGAGGAGAAGAAGAGGAGGAAGAAGAAACCCGGUGGACGUAAAAAAACGAGGUGGGGCAGUCCAAACGGCGAAAAUGACGAGGGGAGGCAGGAAAAAAAAGCGUCAAAAGCAACAGAGCAGAGAGAUAAACCCCGUUUGGAGAGCAGACCCAGGAAGGAACAUCCAACAGGUGAUGAUCUGCCAAAACAUGGCGGGGAACAGAAUGGGGACACCGCGCCGUCCAUCAAGGAAGUCGCGAUGAAAGCGCGGAAGGGCAAACUCGCAGCGGAUGAGGUGACUCUUCCACCAGUGAAGGGGAAAGAAGCCAAUCGCGUGGCUGCCAGCGGGGGAAAGAAUGGAGCGGCAAAUGGAGAAGCAGCAAAUGGGGAAGCAGCAAAUGGGGAAGCAGCAAAUGGAGAGAGGGCAAAUGGCGAGCUGCCCAAUGACGAAACGGCCAAUAGCGAGCUGCCCCCUUGCGAGGACAUCCGGGAAGACCGCACCCACUCCGCCUCGGACGAAUACGCCGAGUCGUCCAUCUCCAGAAUUGACGAAGCCCUGAUGGUCGAAAUGAAAAACUGCUUGAACCCCUUAAGGAACACCUUCCUAGUGGAUUUGCUGCCCCAAGGAAAGCGCUUCCGAAUUAACGAGGAGCACAUAUUUUUUAAAAACAACGAAAGGAUGGAAAACAUUCCAGAACCGCUAGAUGUGAACAAGAGGAACUACCACAUUAUACAAAAUCAGGCAGAGUUCUACGACAACGAAUCUACUUCUGAGUUCUCCUACACAAGUGCAGACAGUCUGAAUGACAGCAGUGGCAAAAAGAAGAAGAAAAAGGAAGACGCGCAAAAAGAAAUUGUAAAAGUUAGCAACCUGAUUAACAGAUUUACCUUAGCAUUUAAGGACAUGCAACUGGAAUCAGGGUUUCAAAUUCAUAAGAAGAAUAAAUUUUACAAAAUUUUUACCCCUUGGUAUAGAUUCAUUUUUAUUCUUCUAGGCGUCUUCUUUCUCUACAUCUGGAAGUUGGAGUCAUCCCUGAGCAGGUAUUGGAACAUCUCAUCAAAUGCUUCCACCGAUUUGUUCAUCCUCAUCUUGUCCUUGCUACUAGAAUUGGUCCUCCUGGCAGCAACGGUUACGACUUUUUUCCAAAAUAUUUUCAUAGAAAAUUUUAACAAAAUUAUUAGCUCUGUGGUAAUACUGAUCAUAACUCACCAUGUUGUUACGUACUCCAUUACGCACAUCGAUGGAGUUUUCCAAGCAGUGCUGUUCCCUCUCUACACAUUUGUCAUUUUGAGGUUGCCAUUCGUCAAUGCGGUGUUGUGUAACAUUAUUUUUUUAAGUCUCUUCAUCAUCAGAUUUAAAGGGGAUCACUUCCUAGACAAAAAAGGAUUAGCACAUUACAUUCCUUUAUUUAUCGGGGUCGAUGUGUUUGUAGGUUUUGUAGGUUACCGCUUAGAAUACAAUCAAAGAAAAAAUUUCCUCCUAGAAUAUUCAGUUGAAUCGUCCAGACGGAAGCAAAGAGAAAUAUUAAACACCAUGCUCCCCCCUUUUGUUGUUGAUGAAAUGAUUUACUCAGAACUGAAUGAAGAAGGCAUCCCCAUUUCGUUAAAGGCGGAAGAUAUAGAAACGGUUACCAUAAUUUUUUGCGACAUUUAUGACUUUCAAAAUAUCGUGGCUAGUAUUGAACCUACGAGGCUGGUGGAAGUGCUAGACAGACUAUUCCUCUGCUUUGACAAAUGCACAGAACAGUUUAACUGCACCAAAAUUGAAACGGUCUUCGAAACGUACCUUGCUGCAUGCGGGUUGGUGAAGAAGGAGGGGAGUGAGUCCAAGGAGAAUAAGGGUCAACAGGACGCCCACGACUCGAUCGACUUUGCGCUGUCCAUUCUGCAGGUUAGUAGCCACAUCAAGUACGAGAGGACGAAGCAUAUGUUCAAGAGGGGGGACUCCUGCGGCAGUGGGGCCGAGGGCAGCCAGGAGGCCGCCAAAAAGGAUGUAAUUACCAGUGGAGGCGCGAAUGCUGCCACUAACGCUAACGCCGCCAACAUCGCCAACACCGCCAACGCCGCUAACUCCGCUAACGGAGGGGAGGGCAGGCCCGCCCGAAUCAGAGUGAAGAUAGGCAUAAACUCGGGCAGAAUCAUCGCGGGCGUGGUGGGGUCGAAGAAGCCGCAGUACGCCCUGUUCGGAGACACAGUCAACACGGCGUCCAGGAUGAAGACGACGGGCAAGCCGGACUACAUACACAUAUCCGAAGCAACCUACGAUUUGGUAAAGGACGACAAAACGUUGGUGUAUGAAAAGAAGGAAACAGAAAUUAAAGGAAAGGGAACGAUGACGACGUACCUGCUAACAUCCGUCAUUGGAUUGAACUACCCAUUUUUAGAGGAACCAACAGAAGGAAAGGAUCAUUUUUUACCAGAUUUUUACCUAGACAGUAAUGACCCAAGCAACAAUAUAAACGUAGACCAAACACACAACAUCUUAGGCUUCUACUCAAAUAAGGUUAAUCAAAACAAUGAGUAUUAUAUAAAUGAUACCAUCUACAAUGACGAGCAGAGCUUUAACGAAUCAGACAAUGAUAUGAGUGACGCCUAUGUACAUUUGAAGGAGCUAUCACUUCAGGACUUUCCAAAUGAAUAUAUUAGAGAUGUAAAUAGCCAUUUCUACGAAAUUAUUAAGUUGAGGAACUUAAAGAUUGGCACAGCUGUAGGGCACCAACUGAAACAGAAAGAUGUCCUCAACAUGACCUUUUUAAAUAAUGGCCUCAACAAUGACACCACGACAAAUUUCAACCCCUACAUUGAAAGUAAUAAAAAUUUCGAGGAGGUGAAAGAGUUCGAUGGGGGGAUGAACAAGCUCUCGCUUAGCGACUCCCUAUAUUGCUUAAAUGAAAACUUCAUAAAAAAGGACCCAGAAAAUGACCACCUUCACCACAGGAGCAAGCUGGGAACACAGGAAAUAAUUGACCAGCAUACGAAGCAGAGCUUACGCAAUUUUUCCCCUUCUAAUAGGGACCUUCUAAACAACGAUGAGGAUGAUUACAGGGACAUCCAACUGUGCUCGCGGAAAUGCAACAUCUGCGGGGAAAACUACUGCACUCCAAAUGAGUGUGUCAAUUAUGACCACGUGAAUCAUGUGGCCUACCAUAAAAUGCUGCGCAACAUAAGGAGGAAUUACCUCAAGAAUAUUCGGAAGGACGCCAAAAAGGAGGCAGACAGGAAGGAAGAACUGGACGGACGGGGAUCCAAGGGGGGGCUGCUAUCCCCCAGCCAUAUCGCUUCCUACUUGUCGAAGGUGUUUUCCAUUUGGGGAUGGCGAAGAUGGCGAAAGCGGAAGGAAGGGCGCAGCACGCAGGGGGAAGUAAACCAUCUGGAGAGCCCCCCCAAAAUGGAAUACGCACAGGGAAAACCCCAUCUGGGUAAUCCAAACAGCAGAGCAGAGCGAACCCCCCCCGCGAUCGAAAAGGAGGACAAAUUCAAACGAGUAAUAUCGCUGAACAGCGAGUGGAUCUUCCUCAAAUUUAGCGACAAAAAUUUGGAGGCGAAAUACAGGGCCCACUUCUACAGCAACAAAUCGAACAUUAACUCGAUCGAGCAGGCCCUAAUCAUAUUCCUAGUUACCUUCGUCAUGCAGACCCUAAUUUCGAGCACAGUAUCCAUCGUGUUCGUGGACCACAAAAUUGCCACGCAGACGUUAGAGGUGAACUACUUUGCAUACUGGUCUGUGCGGUCUCUCUACACCUACCUUGGCUUUAUCCUUUGGCUACUUUUUCACUACCGAACGAGGCCAGAAGUGUCUUCCCUGCUGAACAUAAAGUGGAUGAUAUUUUUCCUCAAUUUGUUAUUCAUAUCUGCCGCUUGCGUUUUUUCCAUUGCCUAUUUAUGGGCCAUUUCAGAGACGGACCAGACGACUUCCUACACCAUAUGGAUGACGAAUGAUACGAUAGAGUUCUUUUUUUACCUAGUUAUAUUGCACCAUAACACGGGGAUGCUAUUCCAGACGUGCAUCCUGGUUGACCUGUUAUUCAUUACUAUGUCUUUAACAUUCAUAUCGACUAGCGUGGUUAAGACCAUCACCACAGACUCGACAGUAAUGUUAAUCCCCUGGUAUGUAACCUUCAAUUUGAUUUCUACGUACUGUAAAGAAUCCAUAGAUAGGAGGACCUUUUACGCAAAUGAAAGUGCCAAGAAGACAGAAAACAGAGCAACAGAGCUUCUCAACGAUAUGCUUCCAAAACAUGUGUUAGAAGAGUUCCAACAGGAUAGACUCAAACUUGCCUACACACACGAUAGGCUAACUUUUCUCUUUGCGGACAUCUGUGGAUUUACUUCUUGGGCCAAUGGAGUUGACGCCUCUGAAGUUUUGACUUUACUGCAGAAAUUAUUUGCCAAGUUUGAUAACGACAGCACCAAGUAUGGCCUCUACAAAUUAUGCACCAUUGGUGAUGCAUACGUAGCUAUAAGUGAGCCAGUCACUGAGGACAACCAAGAUUAUGACCCUGUUGAUGGGACGGAGAGGGUACUAGAAAUGGCCUAUUCGAUGAUUAGAAUUAUAAAAGAAAUAAGGGAGAAACUAUGCAUCCCUAAUUUGAAUAUGCGCAUAGGAUUACAUUACGGGUCAUGUGUAGGGGGAGUUAUCGGAUCGGGUCGACUACGAUAUGACUUAUGGGGAAUUGAUGUUCUUACGGGGAAUCUCAUGGAGAGUAAUGGAGUCCCUGGCAAAAUUAACGUCUCCGAAACGCUCAAGAAUUUUCUCCUACAGCAGUUUAAAAAUAGGUUCAUUUUCAAACCGCACACCACCGUUCGGGUCAUCUAUAAGGACGUCAAAUCUUUUAUCAUAACCGAUAAGAAAGAAAUCGAUGCGAUGAAUAACUCCAAGAAUUUGCACAACACGGGGUACCUGCUCAACCGGAAAAUGCGCAGACAGAACCAGUUGGAUGCUGACCUUCUAUUUGAUGGCAAGAGGCCCGACACCUUCACUCGCUCCAUGUGCAACUCGAAUUCGUUUGACAAUGGCCAGCCGCCCGACAGGGAUUUGUACUCCAUCAACGUGAACGAUGGGGCGUCCAACUCGUAG